UCCCUUUAUAGAAAAGUUCUUUCAUUUCUUCUCCUCUUCUUUUAUUUUUCUCCUCCGGUUGCUCAAUCCGAUCCCACCCAGACAUUUCGGAGUUUGAGAAAAAAAAAAAAAAAAAAAANAAAAAAAAAAAAAAAGACGAUGCCUUUUUGCGAGGUGGUGAAAGAAGACGUCGGCCCAGAGACGACGCUUAACAAUGCCGCAGUCAAGAUCUUUUACAGAACAUAUGGUCAUGGUCCUGUCAAAGCUCUUCUCAUCAUUGGUUUAGCUGGAACCCAUGAAUCCUGGGGUCCUCAAAUCAAGGGAUUGACUGGGAAAGAUAAACCCAACGACGACGAGGAGGAGGAUGGAAUCGUUUCCGAUGAUGAUUCAGGCAUCGAGGUUUGUGCUUUUGAUAAUCGUGGUAUGGGUCGAAGCUCCAUACCUACCCACAAAUCCGAGUACACAACAACGAUAAUGGCAAAGGAUUCAAUUAGUUUGUUGGAUCAUUUGGGUUGGAAGAGAGCUCACAUCAUUGGUCAUUCUAUGGGAGCAAUGGUAGCUUGCAAGUUAGCUGCGUUGGUGCCCGAACGGGUUCUUUCUUUGGCUUUGCUUAAUGUUACAGGUGGAGGUUUCGAAUGUUUCCCCAAGCUUGACCGACAUACGAUUUCCAUUGCCAUACGUUUUCUCAAGGCAAAGACUCCUCAACAAAGGGCAGCUGUUGAUUUGGAUACACAUUAUUCAAAGGAUUACCUAGAAGAAUCCGUAGGAACUAACACAAGACGGGCAAUUUUAUACGAGCAAUAUGUAAAGGGAAUAUCAGAAACUGGAAUGCAGUCCAAGCACGGGUUUGAUGGCCAACUUAAUGCUUGUUGGUUACACAAAAUCACUAAACCAGAGAUCGAAUUAAUCCGCUCGGCUGGAUUUCUUGUCUCAGUCAUUCAUGGAAGGUAUGCAGCACCAACGCAAUUAGAAUCAAAGUCACCUCAUGCACUCAGUCUUGAGUUUGUUGAUCUUGUAAAGCAUCUUUACCUCUACAUAGUAUCUAAUUUGAGUAUGUGGUGGGUUAUAUGCAGACAUGAUGUGAUUGCUCAGAUAUGUUACGCAAGAAGAUUGGCACAGAGACUAUAUCCUGUUGCUAAAAUGGUGGAUCUUCAUGGAGGUCAUCUUGUAAGCCACGAGAGAACAGAAGAGGUUAAUAAAUCUCUUCUCGAGUUAAUCAAGGCGUCAGAAAUGAAGAAAAAACCAACUGAUUGGACUAACCUCACCAUGGAAGAUCCAGGUUAUUUCAAGAGGAGACUAACAUUGAUUAGAAGCUCCUCGGAAAGCAAGAGUGCCGUCUCUCCUGGACAUUUCAUAGUGGAAAAGUUCAAUCGCUUUCUACUUUUCCUCUUCGGACUUCUGGUUUUGGCAUUUGAGUAUGCAAGAAGAACUUUCAGGAUGGUAAAACCCGUCAAAGUUGGACCUUCUCUCACAUAACAAUAACCCUUCACAUUCCAAUUUGUCGACCAAAAAUUGUCAUACAAGCAAUGAUGCAGUUCUUCAAUGAUCAAGCUGAUGAAAACAUAAGGGCUUAAAGAUAAUCUUGCUGCAAACAGAGGCUAAGAGAAGGAGUCACUGCUUUUACAUGGAAGAGAUGAUACAAUACCAACUGUCGAUAUAUACACACGUGUAGAGGAUCAAUACAACACAUUUGUUACGAAUGUAAUAUGUAAUUAUAAGACAUUGAAAUCUCAGUUGAGAUACGUGUUUCUGUGUACCUAAAUGAGAGAACACAACUGUUUCUUAAA